GCACUUCCAUUGAGUAACAGUGCCAGUGUUCAUUCUGCACUUCCAUUGAGUAACAGUGCCAGUGUUCAUUCUGCACUUCCAUUGAGUAACAGUGCCAGUGUUCAUUCUGCACUUCCAUUGAGGCCUGCUUUCUGUGCUCUUCUGAUUUUCUUUAUCUGAAAACAAAUAUAAAAAGAGACAUAAAGAGUGAGCCUUCCUCUGUGUGCCAGUGUUGCUCUACCUGACCAUGCUUCUUAUAAAUAUUCUUCUUGUAUUUUUUUAGGCUCUGACAGAAGCCUUGUUCAAGACCUUGAAGAGUGUUGUUUAUGUCCUGGUCUUGCUAUUCUUGCUCAUGUUUGUCUUUGCUAUAAUGGGGUAUUAUUUCUUUGGGGACCCCGAGACUGGAGAUCCUGAUAACUGGGGUGACCUGGGAUCGGCGCUGUUCACCCUCUUCAGUUUAGUAACGGUCGAUGGCUGGACAGACCUACAAAGUAAGCUUGAUGUUUUGGGGUUUACAUCCAGCCGCAUUUUUACAAUUGUUUUCAUUCUACUGGGAUAUUUCAUCUUCUUCAACAUGUUCAUCGGAGUGGUGAUUAUGGAAAUUCAGCACUCCACAAAGUGUUUUGAGAAGGAGCUCCAGACAGAGCGUGAAAUCACUCUCGCACAGAAGAAGCAGGAAAUCAUAAAGAAGCAGCAGCAGGAAGUCAGGCAGCUGAUCCAGAACCAGACAACCAAUGACUUGAACAAAUUCAGUGAACUUGUGGAGAGGUUCAGAAAGACCCUGCGGCACAGUGAUUACUUGGUUACGGAUGAUCUCUAUACAAGCUUAUCCUUCAUUGAUAUCUACUUGACCUCUUUAGACCACCAGGACAACACUUUGCAAAGACUGCAGCAGCUCUACUUUGAAACGGCUUGUACUUUAAGUCACAUUUUGGAAGAUGAUUUGACUGAAGGAAAGACACAGAAGGAAAGCAGAAGCGCCAGCCUGUGAACAGACCGGACGUUAAACUCGCGAGUCCAGAAAUGAAACGCUGUAUUCUAGAAUACAAUUAAAACUGAACAAACCCAGUAGCGUCAGCUGUCGAUUUCAUAGUCCUAUUCUCUUGCUUACGUACACACACAAGGAUAUGUACUGUGUUAAAAUCACAACAUAUAUUUCCUCUGCAUUGCCAUUAAUCUUCCAGUGUUUCAGUAUGGUUCUCAAAGCAGCGUGCUUGAUGACAGACACUGGCGGGAUCGACCAGUACUGCACGAACAAUAACUUGCUUAAGAACUUUGCGUGAUUCUACGGGCUUGUUUCAGUCAAGCGCACUGAAUGAAGUGGUGCUUGGUGGCGC